GACCGCCGAGAUGAGCCACGAUAUGGAGACACUCGCACGAUUCGAGAAGGACGUGAAGCGGACCGACACCGGGUUCCUGGCGAUAGCAACAGAGGUGGAGAAUGACGGAGAGAAAGCCUCGGAAACUCCAGAAAAAAUCAAGGAAUUACUGAAGGAGUUCCAAGACAUUCUUCCUGACGAUCUUCCGAACGAGCUACCGCCAUACCGAACGCAUCAACACGAGAUCGUGGAGGAACCGGGUUCGAAGCCGACCUUCCGAGCACCAUACCGGCUCAGCCCUACGGAGCUGACCGACAUGAAGAAGCAGAUCGAGUAUCUCCUAGCCAAAGGACUCAUCCGACCAUCUACUUCGCCAUACGGUGCCCCAGUACUCUUCACACCGAAACCGGACGGAAGCCUGCGCAUGUGCAUCGACUACCGAGCUCUUAACAAGCAGACCAUCAAGAAUAAAUAUCCGAUACCGCGAAUCGAUGACCUGCUUGACCAGCUUCGGGGAGCUACGGUAUUUUCCAAACUGGAUCUGCGGUCCGGAUACUGGCAGAUACGGAUGGCGGACAACUCUAUCCAUAAAACUGCUUUUCGAACUCGGUACGGAUCAUACGAGUAUUUGGUCAUGCCGUUCGGACUCACCAACGCACCGGCAACGUUCCAAGCCGAAAUGAACCACAUUCUACGACCACUUCUGGACGAAUGCGUGGUGGUGUACCUGGACGACAUACUCAUCUACUCGCGCGACAUGAAGCAGCACGUCGAACACCUGCGACGCGUCUUCGAAAUUCUUCGACGGGAACGAUUCUACGUCAAACUGUCCAAGAGCGAAUUCGCCCUGGAGAAAGUCCAAUUUCUAGGACACUUGGUGAGCGCUCAAGGAGUUCACGUCGACCCCAAGAAAGUCGAAGCCGUACGUACGUGGAAGACACCCGAGAACGUGAAGGAGUUGCAGCAGUUCCUAGGCUUCGCUAAUUACUACAACAGGUUCGUGCCACAGUAUGCGAAACUCGCGGCACCACUCACGAAUCUGUUGAAGAAGAACACGCCCUACAAAUGGGAGACGAAGCACCAGGAAGCCGUGGAGCAGCUGAAACAAGCACUAACGUCCGCACCGGUGCUCAUCUUGCCAGAUCCCGAACGUGACUACGUGAUCGAAGCUGACGCCAGCGACCAGGCAGUGGGAGCAGUCUUGAUGCAAGACCAGGGGAAUGGACUGCAACCAAUUGCCUACCUCAGCAAGAAACUGCACGGGGCAGAACUCAACUACCCGAUACACGACAAAGAGGCUCUUGCUAUCAUCAUCGCCUUCAAAGCGUGGAGAUGCUAUCUCGAAGGACGAAGAACGACCGUCUACACCGACCACUGCAGCCUGAAAUAUUUGAAGACACAACCCAACCUUUCCAGGCGGCAGGUCCGGUGGAUCGACUUCCUCGAGACACACUUCCACUACGACAUCGUGUACAAGCCCGGCCACAAGAACAAAGCAGACGCUCUCAGCCGGCCUGCACACGUUGCCGCGAUUCAGGUCGAAGGGAUGAAUCCACUACUCAAGGGACUCUUCACCCACGGGUACGCCAUCGACCCCGAAAUUUCCUUGGCAGAAAAACGACAUCUACUACAGUGGGACAGUGACAUCGCGUACCGGAAAGGAUCAACAAAAAUCUGGGUACCCAAUUACCCUCCUUUGCGCCAGUUACUACUCGAAGAAUACCACGACGUCCUGUACGCCGGACACUUCGGUAGCAACAAGACGCUCACCGGUAUCGCCAAACACUACUACUGGCCCCAUAUGGCAGACGACGUCCAGAAAUUCGUCACCUCGUGUGAUACAUGUCAGCGGAUGAAGAGCAGCAAGCAGAAAAAGGCGGGACUACUGCAGCCUCUUCCUGUCCCAGAACAACCAUGGCAAGUGGUUAGCCUGGACUUCAUUACCGGGUUACCACCUACCUCCAGCGGUCAUGACGCCAUCCUUGUCGUCAUUGACAAGUUCUCCAAAAUGGGACACUUCAUCCCGACACACACGACGGCACGCACCGAGGAGACAGCACAACUCUUCGUUCGUCACAUCAUCUCACAGCAUGGCAUCCCAACUACACUUAUCUCCGACCGAGACCCCAAGUUCACUAGCAAGUUCUGGAAGGAACUUAUGUCUCUGCUCGGCACCAAACUCGCCAUGUCAUCCGCAUACCAUCCGCAGACAGACGGACAGACCGAGCGCCUCAACCAAAUUGUUGAGCAACUCCUCCGAGCAUCCUGCAAGGACGACAUCUCCAAAUGGGACUUGCACCUACCCGUCCUGGAGUUUGCCUACAACAACGCUACACACGCCGCUACGGGACAGACGCCGUUCUUCCUCUGCUACGGACGCCACCCACUCACACCACAGAAACCGACAACAUCAGCAACAGUCCAACCUGCACACGACUUCAUCACAACCAUGCAUCAACUUUGGGAUCGGACCCAUAAGCGCCUUCUUGACAUUCAACAGCAACAGAAGCGCCAGGCCGAUCGCCAUCGCAACGACCACACCAUUUCCGUGGGAGACCAGGUGCUCCUCGACACCCGCAACCUGGACAUCAGCCAUCUCCCAUCUAAACUUCGACCUCGCUUCUGCGGGCCUUUCCUCGUUGAAGCACAGGUCACUCCUGUUACCUUCCGCUUACGCCUACCAGCUACCUGGAAGAUUCACAACGCCUUCCAUGUCCAACUUCUGAAGCCCUAUCGAGAUCCUAAUACGAUCUUCGUCGGACGCCAACCGCCGCCGCCGCCACCCGUCCUCGUCCAAAAUGAACCCGAGUACGAGGUCGAGUCCGUGCUCGCACACCGCCGUCGUCGGAAUGGCACCGUGGAGCUUCUUAUCCGUUGGAAGGGUUAUGAUCCUUCUGAGGACAGCUGGGUACCUGAGUCCGACAUGGGUAACGCCCGUCGUCCUCUGCAUGACUACCUUGUCAAGCAGGGUAGCGAAUUCGCCCUUGAGAAGGUCCAAUUCCUAGGUCACAUGGUGAGCGCUCAAGCAGUUCACAUCGACCCCAAGAAAAUCGAAGCCGUACGUACUUGGAAGACACCCGAGAACGUGAAGGAGUUGCAGCAGUUCCUCGACUUCGCUAAUUACUACAACAGAUUCGUGCCACAGUAUGCGAAACUCGCAGCACCACUCACGAAUCUGCUGAAGAAGAACACGUCCUAUAAAUGGGAGGUGAAACACCAGGAAGCCGUGGAGCAGCUAAAACAAGCACUCACGUCCGCAACAGUACUCAUCUUGCCAGAUCCCGAAUGCGACUACGUUAUCGAAGCUGACGCCAGCGACCAGGCAGUAGGAGCAGUCUUGAUGCAAGACCAAGGGAAUGGACUUCAACCAAUCGCCUACCUCGGCAAGAAAAAGCGACACCUGCUACAGUGGGAUAGUGACAUUGCGUACCAGAAAGGAUCAACGAAAAUCUCGAUACCCAAUUACCCUCCAUUGCACCAGUUACUAUUCGAAGAAUACCACGACGUCCUAUACGCUGGAUACUUCGGUAGCAACAAGACGCUGACCGGUAUCGCAAAGCACUACUACUGGCCCCACUUGGCAGAAGAUGUUCAAAAAUUCGUCACCUCGUGUGAUACAUGUCAGCGGAUAAAGAGCAGCAAGCAGAAGAAGGUAGGACUGCUACAGCCUCUUCCUGUCCCAGAACAACCAUGGCAAGUGGUUAGCCUGGAUUUCAUCACCGGGUUACCACCUACCAGCGGAGGACAUGACGCAAUCCUUGUCGUCAUCGACAAGUUCUCCAAAAUGGGACACUUCAUCCUGACACACACGACAGCACGCACCGAAGACACAGCACAACUCUUCGUUUGCUACAUCAUCUCACAACAUGGCAUUCCAACCACACUCAUCUCCGACCGAGACCCUAAGUUCACCAGCAAGUUCUGGAAGGAACUAAUGUCUCUGCUCGGGACCAAACUCGCCAUGUCAUCCGCCUACCAUCCGCAGACGGACGAACAGACCGAGCGCCUCAACCAAAUUGUUAAGCAACUCCUCCGAGCAGCCUGCGAGGACGAGAUCUCCAAAUGGGACUUGCACCUGCCAUACUUAGAGUUUGCUUACAACAAUGCUACACAUGCCACUACUGGACAGAUGCCGUUCUUCCUCAGCUACGGACGCCACGCACUCACACCACAGUAACCGACAACAUCAGCAACAGU